GGAGCUGCACUUUGACCAUGGCUCCAGAGCACACAGUCAGAGGAGGACAGGUCCCACGCUCCCCCAGAACCCUGGCCUGGAGUCAGGGAUGGGGAAUGGGCCGGUGGCUCUGGGUGUGCACCCUGCUCUUGCUGCUUACUGGACUGGGAUCAGCUUUUAACCUGGACACCUCGGCUCGACUCAUCAAGGAGGGGGCGAAAGGCAGCUUCUUUGGCUUCUCUCUUGCCUUGCACCAGCAACUCACACCAGUACCCAAGAGCUUGAUCCUGGUUGGGGCACCAAGGGCCCGAGGGAUUGGGAGUAUGUCGAACAUUCACCCAGGUGCUCUCUUCCAGUGCAACAUCACAGCAGAGGAGUAUGACUGUGCCCGAGUGGACAUUGAUGGAGAUAUGAGAGUGGACCGAGAGAGCAAAGACAACCAGUGGCUUGGAGUUACCGUGAAGAGCCAGGGCAUUGGAGGAAAAGUCGUGACGUGUGCCCAUCUGUAUGAGCUGAGGCAACGUGUGCGGCAGCCCUCGGAGACACGCGACCCCAUCGGCCGCUGCUACGUGCUGAGCGAGGACCUGACGGAGCGGGACGACCUGGACGGGGGCGAGUGGAAGUUCUGCGAGGGCCGUCCCCAGGGCCACGAGCAGUUCGGCUUUUGCCAGCAGGGCAUGUCUGCCAGCUUCACGCCCGACAACAACUUCAUCCUGUUCGGGGCGCCAGGCACCUACAACUGGAAAGGAGAGAUGCAUGUCCAGCUUCUCAACCUGACCGUGCUGGAGCUGGGCUACUACGACGACGGCCCGUAUGAGGUGGCCGACGAGAAGCAGCUGAACGCCUCGUUCAUCCCCGUGCCGUACCACAGCUACCUGGGGUUCUCAGUGGACUCGGCCGUGGGUCUGCUGAGCCGGACGGAGCUGACCUUCGUGGCGGGGGCCCCGCGGGCCAAUCACACGGGCGCGGUGGUGCUCCUGCGCAAGGACAACGUGUACCGGCUCGUGCCCAAGCACAUCCUGUGGGGCGAGGAGCUGGCCUCCUCCUUCGGCUACUCGGUGGCCACCGCCGACCUCAACAGCGAUGGAUGGACUGAUCUCAUAGUGGGGGCACCCAACUUCUUUGACCGCAAGGCAGAGAUCGGCGGCGCCGUGUACGUCUACCUGAACCCGUCCGGCCACUGGUACAUGGACCGGCCCAUCCGCCUCAACGGCACCUACGACUCCAUGUUCGGCAUGACGGUCAGCAGUGUGGGAGACCUGGACCAGGACGGAUACGGGGAUUUUGCUGUGGGCGCUCCGUUUGAUGGGGAUGGGAAGGUGUUCAUCUACAGAGGCGCCGCCUCAGGUCUACACACCAAACCUUCUCAGGUGCUGGACGGGGUGACCGUUGGUGUGGAGCGCUUUGGCUACUCCAUCUCUGGGGGCCUGGACAUCGAUGAGAACCAGUACCCAGACCUGGCGGUGGGCUCGCUAAGCGACAAGGUGGUGCUCUACAGAUCUAGUCCAGUGAUCCACAUAUUACGAGACAUCACCAUUGAGCCCCACCUUAUUGACCUGGAACAGCACAACUGCAAGGGAAGAGACGGAGUUUGUGUGGAGGUGAAAGCCUGCUUUGCAUACUCGGCGCACCCCGAGUCCUACUCCCCACGAAUCACGCUCACCGUUCUGUUCGAAGCCGACACGGAGCGCAGGAAGCUGGGCCUUCCCCACCGGGUCAACUUCCUGGGCCGCAGCCGGUCCGAGCUCGAGUUCUUCCACUCAGAGGAGGUCAAGCUGCAUGGGCAGAAACACCCAGCAUGCCAGACCGCCACCUUCCAGCUCAAGGAGAGCCUGUGGGACAAGCUGCGUCCGAUCUCUCUGGCCAUCACACACACCAUCAAACACACCCACCACCACCGGCACGUCGGUCCAGAACACCUGGCCAUGCUGACCCCCGUGCUAAGCACCCACGUCUCCAACACGCUGCUCUCCGAGGUGAACUUCCUGAGAGAAGGCUGUGGGGACGAUAAGGUCUGUCAGAGCAACCUGCAGCUUGUCUGGAAAUUUUGCACCAAAGCCCACCCGGCAGACCCCUUCACCCCUCUCUCCCUUGAUGAGGAUGGGGUUCCGGUGUUCACGCUGAAGGAACAGAGGCCAGUGGCGCUGGAGUUGGAGGUGAGCAACUUCCCGUCUGACCCGGAGAACGACCAGGAGGAUGGAGACGACGCCCACGCCGCCAAGCUGCAGAUCAUUCUCCCAGAGACGCUGUCCUUCGACUCCGUCAGAAGGCACGGCCACGGCCAGCAGGUGCUGUGCGAAGCCAACCAGAAUGGCUCCCAGGUUGACUGUGAUCUGGGCAACCCAUUCAAGAGAGGUGGAUUGUUGAAAUUCUACAUCGCUCUAAGCACAGCUGCGUUCUCCAUUGAAACCACAGAGCUGUCAGUUGAUCUUAUUCUGUCAACCAUUAGUGAGCAGCCUGACCUUGCCCCCAUCACAGCCAAAGCUAAAGUGGAGAUAGAGCUCCCCCUGGCUGUCAGUGUCAAAGUCAACCCCCAUCGGCUGUUCUUCAGUGGGGCUGUGAAGGGAGAGAGUGCAAUGCAGUCGCUGGAUGAUAUAGGAAGUCCUGUGGAAAUUGAUUUCCAGGUGACCAGCACUUUCCAAACGCCACACACUCUUGGCUCCGCCUUCCUGAACAUCAUGUGGCCUCACGAGUUGUCCAAUGGCAAGUGGCUGCUCUACCCCACAGGGGUGGAGUCGGAGGACCCCUCUCUCAGGCAGUGCAUCGAUCCCUCGGAGUUCGACCCCAUCCCAAUCGUCCCCAAGAACGCCACCAAGCCCACCAACCUCCAGACGCUCAGUCGGAAAGUUCGCUCCUACUCAGAGGAGGAAGGAGAGGCCAUGACCAAAGGCAGCGUAGAGAGAACUACUCCUGCUGUGGCCGCCUCAGAGAAACGCAAGUCCCUGAAACUGGACUGCCUGCUAGGCUCAGCACGCUGCAAGGUGUACAGCUGUCCCCUGCAGAGCGUGUCUGACAUCGCCAUCCUCAAGAUCAAAGCUCGCUUGUGGAACAGCAGCUUCAUUGAGGAGUUCCCCUCAGCCAGUGCCCUGGAGCUGAUGAUCCGAGCCAACAUCUCAGUGAAGUCCACCAUCAAACACCUGGUGCUCAGAGCCACGGCAGCAGAGGUCCCGGUGGAGAUCUACCCAGAGCACCGCCUCUCAGACCCGUACGCCAUCCCCUGGUGGAUCAUCCUCAUCGCCAUCCUGGCCGGCAUCUUAGUCCUGGCGCUGCUGGUUUGCUUAUUGUGGAAGUGUGGCUUUUUCCGGAGGGCUCAGUAUAAAGACAAAGUGCCUCAGUACCACGCGGUGAAGAUCCCUCGGCAGGACCGGCCACAGUUCCAGGACGAGAAGUCUGUCAUUUUACACAAAAAAGAAUGGGCUACACACUGGAGCGAUGGCACAUCCUGAGUCACACACGCACACAGACACACACACACACACACACACACACACACACACAUAACUCUGCUGAACACUCUGCAGUGUAUGCAGAGGCUUUGCUGUGCAGAGACUGGUAGUGGUUUUGUGCACUCUCUGAGAUGCCCUCAGCAUCCAGACAUGUGAACUGAGCUUCACACAAUGAUGAUUCAAUAGCACUGCUGCCAACCCAUGGAUUCAUGUUCGACUGAGUGCACAGGUGCACAGGCUUUAAUUUACACACACACACACACACACACACACACACACAUAGACAGACAGACAAUAUACUCCAGCAAAUGCUAAUCAAUGAGACCAUUUCACAGACAUGCUCGUCAGUGACGCGUAUCAACAUUCAUUGAACUAACACAGACUGAUCGACCAAAGGAGCGGUAUAGAUUGAGAAUGAUGCUUCGAUCACACACUCGAUUGAACAGAACACACUCUGCAAAAAUUAAGAUAUUUGAAAGUACUACUGUACUAAAAGGAAACACACACACACACACACACACACACACACACACACACACACACAUACAUAGAUACAGCCUAUAUACCAGUACACUGGCAUAGCCCAAGUUUUGCCUUAAUAGAGUGUGAAUGGCAAAAAUACUGUAAAAUACAACUGUUAUGUAACUGCAUUUUUUGUUAAAUUAUAGUUUUGUUUCAGGCAGCACUGGUAGUAGUACAUACAGUAGGAACAGAAAGGCACGUUGAGGCUACUAAACAGACAUAUUUCACUCACAAUAUUAGACUAUCUGUGGAUAGGGUCACAGAAGAGGCCUGUGUACUGAACAUAACAUAGACUGUUAACGAACAAUCAGGCAUGACCUGCCUUAACUUACCCCAGUCAUUGCAUAUACUGUAAAGUACAUGAGGGGGGAUAAUCAGCGCAAAGGCAUAUAGUGUAGCAUACUAUGGCCAGAUUGUCUGCAAAGCAUCCAAUUUUAUAUAUAUAUUAAAAAAAUGAAGAGAUGGAUUAAUUUAAAAUGGAUUGAAUCCCUACACAUAAUCAUGUAGUUGCCCAGAGAAUUACACCACAUUUUUACAGGUUUCCACUGGUUUACCUAUUUGUUUUUGUUUUUUAAGAAAGGAUCCAUGUCCCUUGUGUUACUAAUAGUUUUACCAGAACACUGCAGAUUAUUACUUUUGCUCAAUUUCAGUUGUGUCUUCUGGUCUAAAAGUGCCUUAACAUAGAAAUGACUAAAGUCAGAAUUAGAGAGGGAGGAUGAGAGAUAUAGUUAUCUUUCUUCAUCUCCUACCAGAGCUAGAGUACAUCCUGGGUUGAUUUGAAGAGACGGAUUAUUGAAACAUCCAGUUUCCUGAGAUCUGCAUUGGAUACAGACCUCAAGGUGGAAGCUUAUGUGCAUAGACAUUGCUGGACAAUCUUGUAUUAGCUGCAUGGUCAAACUUUGCUGUAAACACUUGUUUGUCAUGAUCUUAUGUUUAUUUAUUUGUGACUGACUCUACUGUUGUACUAUUUGUAAAUAAAACAAAUUCUUGGAAAUGAAUGCCUGCAUAAAAGAGUGAGUAUAGGCCAAGUGAGCGCCAGUUAACGACCUGCAGUACAUAUUUUGGGCAGUAGAGGGCAAGCAUGUUAUAGCUUGUCAUGACAAUGAGAGCAUCCUCUGAAACGGAAUAUUUGUUUUUUUAAAAAUGUAAAAGCCUUUCAUAGAGAUGAAAAUAUUGCCAACUAACGUAUGAAUAAGUUUACUACAUCUGAAACGUUAAACGGAUGAUAUUCUUUUUUAUAAACCAUACUGUACAUAAUACUUCAAAGAAUAUCUCACAACUGUAUAUUUGAACUCAAUAAACAAAUUGCCUGUGUAUAA